GUGACGACCGGGCGCCCUGACCCUCCCGCCCGCUCUCUGCCUUUUCUCUGUGUCCCUGCCCUGGGGGAGGGGGUGGACGCCAGGUGAGCGACAUGGCCCAGAGCAAGCGGCACGUGUACAGCCGGACGCCCAGUGGCAGCAGGAUGAGCGCAGAGGCCAGCGGCCGGCCCCUGCGGGUGGGCUCGCGUGUGGAGGUGAUCGGGAAAGGCCACCGUGGCACCGUGGCCUAUGUGGGCGCCACACUCUUCGCCACUGGGAAAUGGGUGGGCGUGAUCCUGGAUGAAGCCAAAGGCAAGAACGAUGGCACUGUGCAGGGCAGGAAAUACUUCACGUGUGAGGAAGGCCACGGCAUCUUUGUGCGCCAGUCCCAGAUACAAGUAUUUGAAGAUGGAGCAGACACUACUUCUCCAGAGACCCCUGACUCUUCCGCAUCAAAGGUCCUCAAAAGAGAGGGAACUGAUGCAGCUGCGAAGGCCAGCAAACUGCGGGGGAUGAAGGCUAAGAAGGCGCCGACAGCCCGAAAGACCACCACUCGGCGGCCCAAGCCCACCCGCCCGGCCAGCAGCACCGGGGUGGCAGGGGCCAGCAGCUCCCUGGGCCCCUCUGGCUCAGCAUCUGGAGGUGAGCUGAGCAGCAGUGAGCCCAGCACCCCAGCGCAGACACCGCUGGCGGCACCCCUCAUCCCCACGCCAGCCCUGACCUCUCCUGGAGCAGCACCCCCGCUACCUUCCCCUUCCAAGGAGGAGGAGGGACUGCGGGCCCAGGUGCGGGACCUGGAGGAGAAGCUGGAGACCCUGCGCCUUAAGCGGGGGGAAGACAAGGCCAAGCUCAAGGAGCUGGAGAAGCACAAGAUCCAGCUGGAGCAGGUGCAGGAAUGGAAGAGCAAGAUGCAGGAGCAGCAGGCCGAGCUGCAGCGGCGGCUCAAGGAAGCGCCACAGGAAGCCAAGGAGGCGCUGGAGGCCAAGGAGCGCUACAUGGAGGAGAUGGCGGACACCGCGGACGCCAUCGAGAUGGCCACACUGGACAAGGAGAUGGCCGAGGAACGGGCCGAGUCCUUACAGCAGGAGGUGGAGGCGCUGAAGGAGCGCGUGGACGAGCUCACCACUGACCUGGAGAUCCUCAAGGCUGAGAUCGAGGAGAAGGGCUCCGACGGCGCCGCAUCCAGCUACCAGCUCAAGCAGCUUGAGGAGCAGAACGCACGCCUGAAGGACGCCCUUGUGAGGAUGCGUGACCUGUCCUCCUCGGAGAAGCAGGAGCACGUGAAGCUCCAGAAGCUCAUGGAGAAGAAGAACCAGGAGCUGGAGGUGGUGAGGCAGCAGCGGGAGCGGCUGCAGGAGGAGCUGGGCCAGGCGGAGAGCACCAUCGACGAGCUCAAGGAGCAGGUGGAUGCCGCUCUGGGUGCCGAGGAGAUGGUGGAGAUGCUGACUGACCGGAACCUGAACCUGGAGGAGAAAGUGCGGGAGCUGAGGGAGACGGUGGGGGACUUGGAGGCGAUGAACGAAAUGAAUGAUGAGCUGCAGGAAAACGCACGCGAGACGGAGCUGGAGCUGCGGGAGCAGCUGGACAUGGCGGGUGCCCGCGUGCGCGAGGCCCAGAAGCGCGUGGAGGCGGCCCAGGAGACGGUGGCUGACUACCAGCAGACCAUCAAGAAGUACCGGCAGCUCACGGCCCACCUGCAGGAGGUGAACCGGGAGUUGACGAACCAGCAGGAGGCGUCUGUGGAAAGGCAGCAGCAGCCGCCCCCGGAGACCUUUGACUUCAAGAUCAAGUUCGCUGAGACCAAGGCCCACGCUAAGGCCAUUGAGAUGGAACUGAGGCAGAUGGAGGUAGCCCAGGCGAACCGGCACACGUCCCUGCUGACCACCUUCAUGCCCGACAGCUUCCUCCGGCCGGGUGGGGACCACGACUGUGUCCUGGUGCUGCUGCUCGUGCCUCGUCUCAUGUGCAAGGCGGAGUUGAUCCAGAAACAGGCCCAGGAGAAAUUUGAACUCAGUGAAAACUGUUCCGAGCGGCCCGGGCUUCGAGGGGCUGCCGGGGAGCAGCUGAGCUUUGCUGCAGGCCUGGUGUACUCACUGAGCCUGCUGCAGGCCACGCUCCACCGCUACGAGCAUGCCCUCGCUCAGUGUGGUGUGGACGUGUAUAAGAAGGUGGGCAGCCUGUACCCUGAGAUGAGUGCCCACGAGCGCUCCUUGGACUUCCUCAUUGAGCUCUUGCAUAAGGACCAGCUGGACGAGACUGUCAACGUGGAACCUCUGACCAAGGCCAUCAAGUACUACCAGCACCUGUACAGCAUCCACCUUGCUGAGCAGUCCGAGGACUGUACCAUGCAGCUGGCCGACCACAUUAAGUUCACCCAGAGUGCCCUGGACUGCAUGAGCGUGGAGGUGGGACGGCUGCGUGCCUUUCUGCAGGGUGGGCAGGAGGCAUCCGACAUGGCCCUCCUUCUCCGAGACCUGGAGACCUCAUGCAGCGACAUCCGACAGUUCUGUAAGAAGAUCCGAAGACGGAUGCCGGGGACUGAUGCUCCCGGGAUCCCCACUGCGCUGGCCUUUGGAGCGCAGGUAUCCGACACACUCCUGGACGGCAGGAAGCACUUGACAUGGGUGGUGGCUGUGCUGCAGGAGGUGGCUGCCGCCGCUGCCCAGCUCAUCGCCCCGCUGGCUGAGAACGAGGGGCUGCCAGUUGCAGCGCUCGAGGAGCUGGCAUUCAAAGCAAAUGAGCAGAUCUAUGGGACCCCGUCCAGCAGCCCCUAUGAGUGCCUGCGACAGUCAUGCACUAUUCUCAUCAGCACCAUGAACAAGCUGGCCACAGCCAUGCAGGAGGGAGAGUAUGACGCAGAGCGGCCCCCCGGCAAGCCGCCCCCGGUGGAGCUGCGGGCUGCGGCGCUCCGGGCUGAGAUCACCGAUGCCGAAGGGCUGGGCUUGAAGUUGGAAGAUCGAGAGACGGUUAUAAAGGAGCUGAAGAAGUCCCUCAAGAUCAAGGGAGAAGAACUGAGCGAGGCCAACGUGCGGCUCAGCCUUCUGGAGAAGAAGCUGGACAGCGCGGCCAAGGACGCCGACGAGCGGACCGAGAAGGUGCAGACGCGGCUGGACGAAACGCAGGCGCUUCUGCGCAAGAAGGAGAAAGAGUUUGAGGAGACAAUGGACGCGCUCCAGGCCGACAUCGACCAGCUGGAGGCCGAGAAGGCAGAGCUGAAACAGCGCCUCAGCAACCAGUCCAAGCGCACCAUCGAGGGGCUCCGGGGACCCCCGCCCUCGGGCAUCGCCACGCUCGUGUCCGGCAUCGCAGGGGAGGAACAGCAGCGAGGAGCUCCUGGGCAGGCUCCGGGGGCUGCGCCGGGCCCAGGGCUGGUCAAGGACUCGCCCCUGCUGCUGCAGCAGAUCUCCGCCCUGAGGCUGCACCUCUCCCAGCUCCAGCGUGAGAACAGCCUUCUCAAGGGAGCCCAGAUGAAGGCCUCCUUGGCAGCCCUGCCCCCCCUGCACGUGGCCAAGGUGUCCAUCCCACCCCACGAGGGCCCUGGUGGUGAUGUCGCAGCAGGAGCACUGUACCGCAAGACCAGCCAACUGCUGGACGCACUUAACCAGCUGAGCACGCGUCCCCACGUAGUGGACAUCACUCGCUCCAGCCCUGUGGCCAAGAGCCCGUCUGCCCAGCUCCUCGAGCAGGUGGCCCAGCUCAAGUCCCUGAGUGACACCAUUGAGAAGCUCAAGGAUGAAGUCUUCAAAGAGACAGUGUCUCAGCGUCCUGGAGCCACGGUCCCCACAGACUUUGCCACCUUCCCGUCCUCAGCCUUCCUCAGGGCCAAGGAGGAACAGCAGGAGGACACGGUCUACGUGGGGAAAGUGACCUUCUCGUGUGCGGCCGGCCUCGGACAGCGACAUCGGCUGGUGCUGACCCAGGAGCAGCUGCAGCGGCUGCAUGGCCGCCUCAUCUCCUGAGCACCCGCCUCUGCUGUCCCCGUGUCCCCCAUCCGAGCGCUCUUACCGCU